CGAAACCGCUGACUCGUGCGUGUGGGUGCUUCAUUUGAUCUUGAUCGUGCGACGUCGACAAGGAUGGACGACUCGACAUCAUCCUCGAUGGAAAUGGCGCAACAGAAGCAGCCACGCAUGAUGCAGCUACAGCCAGCGACGACCUUGUUUGACUACCCCGCGCGCGCUCGGACGUCAAGCAGCAAGGGGAUGCCGCCAUUGUCCUCGACAAUCGGUCACACGUUUGAAGAUGACGAGCAGGACAUCUUACGUCAGUUGCUUGGCAUGGAAUCGAUGACCCCGUCGGCGUCCAUGCAAGGCUUUCACCUUCACCGAAAUGUUGCCACCGCCACACACCAACAUGCGUCGACAUCUCGACCGUACUUGGACUUUUACGAAGCAUCCAGAGGACUUGGAGCAGUUCCUCGGUGGAGUGACGAGGAGGAAAAGUAUCCAGUGGAAGCUGCGCCGGUGGGCUUGACCAAGGCGGUGGCGGCAGCAGCCUCAACGCUCUUGAACCCCGUCAAGAAACCCCACGAAUGUGCGAUCUGCCACAAGCGAUUUCGAGCCAAAUCCGAGUUGAUCACCCACGAACGCAUCCACACAGGCCACAAGCCUUUCAAGUGCAUGUACGAAGGAUGCACCAAGCGUUUUGCCCAUAGCUCCAACUUGGGCGCCCAUCACAAAGCCCAUCAAGGCAUCAAGCCAUAUGUGUGCAUGCACGAAGGCUGCGGCAAGCGGUACGCGCACAGCGGAUCCCUCAAGGAGCACGUGUGGAAGCAUUAUGGAGUGAAACCGUUCAAAUGCAGCCACUCCGACUGCGAUCGGACGUUUACUCAGCGGUCCAACUAUUCCCGACAUAUGAAGAAAUGCCACGGGCUGGACAACAAGGACGGCGGCGGCGGCGGCACUCGCAUGGCCGCGAGUUAUGCCGGCUCACCAUCGGAAAUCAAGAACGAGUUAAGUUAUAUGUAG